UUCAUAAUCUUCCCAAAAUAGCCGUUUCAAAACCUGAAAACUCAGCUUGUCAGAAAGAGACGUAAAAAGUUAAUUUCAAUGAAAACAGCGAAGUCUAUCGUAGAUUAUCGUAUAGUCAGCGAACUCGGUUGAUGACGCGUAAGACGAUCAUGGCUUGCUCGCGGUCUGUCCUCAGUUUAAUCUACGCUCUUUCUGUUCUGGUUACUCUUGGUCCUGCUUACUGUAAAGUCUCUAAUGCUUCUCAGGGCACUCAAGUAAAAGACAGCGCACCUAACGUGUACAAUACUUACAAUACGUUUUGCACGGGGCUUAGCAAGAAGAUCGAAGUAUUGUUACAUGAAGUUAAGAACGAGUUAAGCGAGAUGAGGGACGAAAUCAGGUCUUUAAAAGAAAACAACACGACCUCUCCAGGUAAUAUCUUGUCUUCGCGCUGAAAAUCACCAUUUGAGUUUACAAUGGAAUCACGAGUUCUGAACCACCUUGGCAAAGGCAAAUUGGUUCGAAUUAUACGCAGGUUUGAAAAAUCUGGGGUAAAAUUACAGUGUUUGAGGUGAAUGGAUGUGAUAGGUUUGGCUCGAAUUAUCGGGGAUUUCGAAAAACCGAGAGGUCGAGAAAUCGGGAUUCUACUGUAUAACUACACACCAAGGAAAUACAUACAAAGAUUAGUCCACCUUUGACACCAAAUCCAAAACGGACAACCUAAGUUUUACCAAAGAAACAGUAUUUGCAUUUUAUUUUUAGGGUACAGGAACUGCGCGGAACUUUACAAAGCUGGACAACGAAAGAGUGGUGUCUACACAAUCAACCCUGACAAUGCCGGAGCUUUCGAUGUUUAUUGCGACCAAACAACAGCCGGUGGAGGGUGGACAGUGCUCCAAAAGAGACUAGACGGCUCGGUUGAUUUCUACCGCGGCUGGGAUGAUUACAAACGAGGCUUUGGGAAUCUAAAUGGUGAAUUUUGGCUCGGCCUGGACAAGAUUCACCGCCUGACGAUAUUACGAAGCAGACUUCGGGUGGAUCUUGAGGACACGAACGGAAAAACGGCUUACGCUGAGUAUGAUUUUUUUGGUGUUUCCAGUGAGAGAAGCAAGUACAAGCUGAGUUUAGGAACAUACUCCGGUGAGUACAAAUGUUAAAGCUCAAAAGUGAAAAAAUCGACAUAGGUACAAACAAGAUAAUUAAUCAUGUGGAAACUAUAUGGUUAACCAAACAAGCAUUCCAAACGAUGCAUGCAUGAUCAUCGCGCAGAGGUGUAACCCAGAGAUAUGGCAAGGGUAGCACGUAGUAAACAGAGGCAGCAACAAAAAUUAAAUGAAACAAACGAGCAAAAACGUAAAAAACACCCUGUACUUUUUUCUAUAAACUGCACCGUAAAUUGGAAAACUUUAGUGUCAUUCUAACAAUGCCGCAUUUGUUUCACGGCCUUUGUCAACUCCGGCCGUAAAUGUCUAUUUUCACAUUAUUCACCAAGCUUCACGUUUUUGGCCCAGAAUUCAGUUUAUCACGACUCAGGAAGCAACGGACACGUGUCAUUUAUGAACUUAGCAGAUGGCCUUGCUUACCAUGAGUUCUACCAAACUCUAAAGUGAUAAGAGCACCCGGUUGGCAUUCUGGGAGGUCAUCGAAUUCGGUUUUUCUUUGUCCAAGCAUUUUAAAUGACAAAAAUUUCAUUUUCCAACUCAAGGCUUAUUCUACGUUGCAUAUUUUGCAGGAACUGCUGGCGACUCGCUCGGCCGACAUCGUGGUUAUGGAUUUACAACUAAAGAUCGAGACAACGACAGCUGGAAUAAAAACUGUGCAUCGCGUUUUAAAGGAGCAUGGUGGUACAGUGACUGUGUCAUCUCAAAUCUAAAUGGUGUUUAUCUACACGGCAAACAUUCUAAAUCCUGGGAAGGGAUGGUCUGGACCUCAUGGAAGGGACCAAAUUACUCCGUUAAACGAGCAGAGAUGAAAAUCAGACCGGUCAAAGCCUAA